AAAAAAAGGAACGCCCGGUGUAUAUUAUCUCUUGUGGGUAAUCAGUUGUUUUGAAAUAAAUUGAAGAUCACGGCUGCCAAGUAACGAUUCGACAUCGGGUACCUAACUAGAAACUGCACUUAAAUAACAAUUCGAAAGUGAUGCAAAAGACGACUGUUAAUAAUUUAGAAACCAUUUUAAUUCAAACCUUUUAAAAAUUUAAUUAGAUUUAAGUAUUUUGAUCAUAGUUGCUACCGUUGGACUAUAAAAUGUUGUCGCAGAUAUUUAUUAUUACUUUGAUUGUUGGGAUCGCUAGCGCCGCGACAACAUUAAGUCGGCCUCCUCCAAAGCCUGCAGCACUAGCUGAUAAAGAAGGUUGUUACAUUAAGGAAAUAAAGGACGUUAUUCCUUUCGGUGAAUCAGUAGCUCCUCUUGGUAGUUGUCACAGGAUCUAUUGUGGAAGGAUGUUGGCCUAUGCAUCAUGCAGCACAGUUGCGACUGAUGAUCCCACAUGCCAUUUGACUGAUGAAGACCUGAGCAAACCCUACCCACACUGCUGUCCUCACCUCAAGUGUGACGCUCACGUCGACUUAAUCCCUUUGAUUGGAACACAUUAAAUAAGUAAUAUUAAAAAAUGUAGUUAUUAAAACAUAAGUAUUUACCUGCGUUAAUUUCAGGACAUGUUUUUAUAACCAACGCACCUUAGCCCAUAGCUCAUUAAAAUAGAAACGAAAACAAAUGGACGCAAUUAGACGUUCCUUUCAAAUCACUCUCUAUAAAGAUGCAGAUUCGAAACCUACCAAAAUGGCAAAUAUGUUCCAAUGUGACUUUUUCCGAGUUAUGUACACUUUCUAAGAUUAUUUAGACAUGACUGACAA